UCAACCUCAUAUCCUUCGACUCUUGAUAUAAAUCAGCAGUUGGCAUAUCCAGUGGAAAACUUGGCAGCCAGAGAUCACAUCCUCUUUGGAGCUGCCCAUCACAGGGACUGCUCAGAUUGUGUGGGCUGGGGAAACUAUGGGUACACUUUUACCAUUUUGGUUCUUCCCUUGUCCUCAUCCUCGGCUGGUCUAGAAAACCUCUCAGGUGACUUCUUCGUCGGCUUUCAGUGCUUCUUCAGUUUCCAAUGAUGCGUGUGCAGUGCAUGUAAGGGUAAAAAAUUUUUAUAUAAAAAAGUAUUCAUUUUUUAAUUAAUAUUUUUAUUUUUUAUUUUAAAAAAAAAUUCUUUUGAUUUUCGCCCUAUCAAUUGUCGCCUCUACCCUAACAACCUAUCAUUUUCAUCUUGCUCCCGCAUUAUUCCUACCUUUAUGCCCUCAUCUACAUGCUAUCGUUAUUAUACUUGCUCAUGUGUCCUCAUAAUCACCUCGACCCCUUAUCUGUCAUUGAGAUUGACAAGUAAGGUGGGGGAGGUGGUUAGAACGAUAGCGAUUAUAAUCGAUGAAUGAUUGAGACUUAUGCUAGGGUCAUUGAGAUAGAUGGAACAAUUCACAUAUAGUAAGCACCAACACGAGUCAUGGUGACAACCGUAUAAAUUAAUAACUACUAGAAGCGACGAUGAUAGGAACAUCAAGUGGUCAACGAUACAUAUGAUAAGCACCAACACAACUCAUGGUAAAGAUCAUAGAAAUGAAUGACUACUACAAGUGACGAUGGGAGGAAUAUCAAGCGAUCAAUGAUGCACUCAAAGUAAGGGGUGUAGGUGAGGGACUUGUUGCUGAUUGCGUAAUAGGUGACAACUAAGAUAUCGUAGGCGAUCUCAUGGAGCUUUAUAUCAGAAACGAGGAUACUCGGUUGGCCAAAAAGGAAGAAGAGAUUAACGAGGAUAAUAAUAAGAUCAAUGGCAUAUAAGCGAAGACGAUGACAAGGAGAAUGGUGCAUGGGCCAAGACAACAAUUGAUAGGAUGGAGGCAAAAUAAUUUUAUAUUAAAAAAAAAAGAGAUACUCUACGUGAAUAAAUAAAAAAGGAGCACUAAUCGAUAAAUAAAAUAAAUUUUUUUUUGGUGAAUUUGCCGUACAUAUAAAUAUAGUUUUUUUUCUUCGUGAUGUGAUAUGUUAUAAUAUAAGUUAAAUAAAACAUUACAAAUUAUGAGGGUGACCGUAAGGUGAUAAUAUUUCAUCAACUAACAGGCAAAAGGCUGGGCUGAGUUGGGCCCAAGCCAAAUCCACCAACCAAUAUAAUAAAAGUUUACAGAUCUACAGGUUAUCUCAGCUUGCAUUAAUUCUAUCAGAUUUUGUCAAGCAUGAAUUAGCAAGACAAAAUAAUUAUACAUGCACAUCUUUUCUUCAGAAUAUAAAUCUUUAUUGGUUGAAAGAAGCAAAGGGAAGAAGGAAACAAUAUAUUUUCAUAUUAUUUUAUUAAUUUCGAAUAUAAUAUUUAUUACUUGUGUAAUAAUAAGUAAUACAAGAUACAUAUUGUUAACUACUCCAUGAUAUUAAAAUUAUUAAUUUUUUUAUCAAUUAAAUUAACUAAUACCUUAGGCUCAUGAUAUUAUUCUCACAGUAUUCAUUUGCAAGCUAAUUAGAGAAAAUAGCAGAUUAUGUUCACCCUCCAAAUCUGCUUUAAUUUUCGUGGAUGGACAUCUUAUGCAAUUAUUCCCGAUAAUACAUUCUAAUUAUUAUUGCAUUGAAUGUUCAUAAUCAUAUGCUUAAAUACAUAGCUAUACCAUAACUGAUACAUGUAAGGAAAAAAGAGAGAGGCAAUUCUACGAUUGAUUGCACAAUAUUUAAAGAAAAAAACUAAUGCAUUAUUUUAUGAGACAGUCCAAAUGGCUUUCCAAUCUAUUGGAGGAAUAUGACGGGAUUAUUGUAACAUGCGUUAUAUUGUUGCCGUUACCUUAAAAAACGCUACAAGGGUUUCCUUUCGCUUCUUCCCCGUACGAGAGAGAUCGAUCGGGAGACCAAACCCUAACUGUCUUCGCCGAUCCCUUCCUUUCGAAACCCCCAAUAUUCGCUCGAUCGAUCCAUGGGAGGACAUGGAGGGCUCAACAUAUUGCCGCAGAAGCGGUGGAACGUCUACAACUACGAGAACCGCGAGAAGGUCCGCAAGGACGAGGAGGCCGCAGCUCGCGAGGAGCAGCUCCAGCGCGAGCAGUCCCGCCGCCGUGACGCCGAGUUCCGCCUCGACCGCCUUCGGCGUGCCCGUGGCCUUCACCACCAACAACCCCCCUCCGUCGACGAUUCCCGCCACUUCAACCUCUUCGACGGCGUCUCUGACUUCUCCUCCCUCGGUGGCGCCCAGGACGAAGCGGCCACCCGUGACGGCAAGAGAUUCAAGAAGGAGGAGGCCGAAGAGGGUGGUUCCAAGAACUCCAAGAAGCGGCGGAGAGAGGAUGCGCCAGUGCCGGUGGCGCCGGAGGACGAGAAGUAUAAGCUGGGGUAUGGGCUGGUCGGGAAGGGGGUGAAGGCGCCAUGGUACCUCUCACGGCCGUCGGCCAUGUCGUCGGAGGCCGUUGAUGAAGAAAUUGGCGGUUCCAGGGUUGCUACUGUUUCCGGGAAGAAGACUGCAGGGAAGAAGACGAUAGAGGAGCUGAGGGAGGAGAGGAUGAAGCGAGAGAAGAAAGAAAAGGGGAGGGAGCGGGCGCUUCUGGCUGCCACACGGAAAAAUGGUCCUGAUCGAGGGUUUUCAAGGAAGAAUUGAUUUUCUCUUACCCUCCAAGCUUAUGGCGACGCUCAUUGGACAGAGUGUUCAGAUUCUCAUCAAUCUACAACAAGUUGGUGUAAAUAUCUUGAUGAUGCUCUUGUUUCAUGAAACUGCAAAAAAUAAGAGAAAGAGAGAGAGAGAGAGAGAGAGAGAGAGAGAGUAUAUACAUCUUCUACUAAAGCUGAAUAUAGAGUUAUGUCCUCGGUUUGUUAUGAAAUUCUUUGGCUUCAACGACUUCUCUUUCAA